GCAGGUUGCUUCGCGGUCAUUCCAUUGCUUCUCCGGGGCCAGGGCUGUUUGUGUUUUCUUUGACUUUCCCAUACCUACCGAAUCACCAAAGGGAGACUGGGAUGUAGGCUUCUGUUUACAACAAAAGGGGCGCGCAAGGGAUCAUGGGUGAGGUAAUGCAACUCAAACUGCACGGUGUCUGCGGUGCCUGCCAACCCCCUCCCCACCGCCUGUCCUGCAAUAUCCUCAGCUGCAGCGGCGACACGCUCUUCUUCCUGUUCGAACCCCCUGCGGUGCCAUUGCCAUUCACCGCCUCGUUUUCGCCUCCGUGCUGGCUGGCUGGCUGGCUGGUUAACCCCAGACGAUCUGCACUUGUCGAUGCCUUGUUUCAUUGUUUUGCAAUGCCGAUACGUAGCAUUUUUAUAUCGUUCUGGUCAGGGCGCGCUAUGAUGAUGAUGAUGAUGAUGCAGCAGUACGGAUUCACGGAGUUAAGUCCGGACAAGCAAUCUAUCUAUCCACAUGCAAAAAAACCGGAAAUCGAAAAACUGUCGAUCUAUUCCCGGGAAAGGAAGUCCUGCCCGUCGACCGUUGGAGUUGUCUUUCUUUUUUUUUUCUCCUUUUUUUGUUACUUCUUUUCCUUAUGCAAGCUUGGAGGUAGGUGCAGGGCGCUAUCGACCAAAACGGACGAAAUGUCUCAGUUGCGCCGCAUCACAAAACGGCGGCGGCAGCCCGUACAUGGUACAUGUACAUACAUAUUAUCCAAUGACACAAACCGACGACGACGACGCCGCUCGCUUGCUUGUCUUCUCCUUGGUGCUGCACCACCCACCCCCGGCUUUUUCUCUUUCUCCGCAAGCCAAAAAAGCACGCACCACCUCAAAGCAAGGCAGGGCCGCUGAUCUGCCGCCUGCCGCCCGCCGCCCGCCACUACCUUAGGUUAGGUACGGAAAACAUAAACCCAUACGGAACGACAGGCCGUGAAUUGGGCUGAGGAAAAUGAAGAUGACGGCGUGUGAUGAAGAUGAGGGAAUUGAAUUGGUAGUCGUGUCAGCCUUGAUGUAAGAAGACUAAUCAGGCGAAUAUCCACCGACGACAAGUCUCGGUGCUGAGGUACUUGCUGUCUGAAUCGAAUUGUAUUGAAUUGAUUGACAGACGUAUGCUGUUUCUGCCGCGACAACCUAGAAGAGGAAGAAGGAAACAGGGUCUCAUU